AUGAGUGGCAAUUCCUCCACACCAAAUCAAGGUAUAAACUGUGAUCCAAGUUACUCGUAUGUUAUGGAAAACUUCAAAUAUUUUGUCCAAGUUGCUUAUCUAGCCCCAGCAGUUUUUCUUUACUCUAGAAUUUUGUAUGUUGUGUGGGUGCAACAUAAGAAAUCAUAUGGGUAUCAUCCAUUUUUUAUGGUUUAUUCAAUGGUGGGACUAAUUUUAGUUUUACUUGACAUUUUUAUUACUAGACUAUUUGUCUACGUACCACAACUUUGCCUCCCAGCUGCUCAAUUUUUCAUAUCGAAUCCAUUUCUUAUGGAACUUUACUAUCCACUGCUCAACUAUCUUCAUUGUGCUCAACCAUUUAUUCAAAUCUUUCUCACCACAAAUCGAAUGUCAUCUGUAUUAUGGCCUGUAGAUCACGAGAAAUUUUGGAAGAUAAACUUUUCGAGAAUAUUAAUUCUGAAUUUGAUUGCUCCGUUCUUCUUCAUUUGGAAUACAAUAAUAUCGAAGAAAGUUUUAAUAUUUUACUUUGGAGGAUUCUACAUCAACUACUUAAAAAUAAUCCCAUGGGCCAGUAUGUCUCUGUUUCUAUUUAUAAUUCGGUCAGCAGUAGUUAUGAUUACUGUAGUUACUACAUCAAUAACAUUUUGGAAAAUGUCCCAUAUGAAGAACAGAUUGAAAAAAUCAGAGGGAACCUUGUGUAAAGCAUGCGCAGCAAAUUCGAUUUGUUUUUUGGUUCCUGCUGUUUUUGAGGCUAUGAAAGUUCUUAAUACUGAUUGGGGAAAACAUUGGUUGGCUUAUCUUGUGCAGCCAUUUGCAUGGGAUGUUCUAAAUGUUGGAUCCCCGUUGGUUAUGAUUUUUGCAAGUGGACAACUCAGAACUCAUGCAUUUAAUAUCAAGCGUCCUGUUUUGAAACGCUCAAACUCGAUUUUGGUAUCUUCUAUGACGAAUUAA